CUUCGACAAUACAGUUUUGUGUUAUAUAGUUGGGAUGUUUCUCACUUUGCUAUGUGGCGUCUCAAUCAACACACUUGCUUUGUUAGCUGUGAAUCGAUAUCUCCAUAUAUGUCACACUGCAUUAGGGAAACGUGUCUUCACUAAACUGAACAUAAGUUUGAUGAUAGGAAUCAUAUGGGUAUAUUGUAUGCUUUGGGUCCUACCUACAUUCUUUGGAUGGGGUAGAAUCAGCUAUGUUCCAAAGGUAGCCUCAUGCGCAUAUGAUCACACCAAUAGCCUAUCAUACACAUUAGCUCUUAUGAGUAUAGGAGUGGGACUACCCAUUGCUGUAACAUUUGUAUGCUACGCAAAAACAUUUCUGAAAAUCCGAGCGAGUGCGAAGUCAGUAGCAGCCCACAACAAAAAUGCAGACAAAAAGAAAUCGGACAGAAACAUAAGACAGGUUAUCGCCUUUGUCAUUGUUUCUGGAUUAUUUGUCAUUUUCUGGACACCAUAUGCCAUAGUAGUUAUUGCUGACCAUGGUGGUGCUCUAUCUCUCCACAUCAUAAGAUUUGUAGUGCGUUUUGGUAUUUGCAACUCAGCUAUCAAUUGUAUUGUGUAUGGCUUAAUUAACAAGAAUAUCAGAGGGGGCUACAUCAAAGCAUUGUGCUAUUUUAACAAAGAAAAAGAUGAUGUUGUAUCGUUUGAAUCAUCAACAUAAAAAAUAGAGUCAUUUUUACAAAUGAAUUUCAAAAUCUGAGUUCAAAUUGAUAAAAGCUGUCACGGUAAUAUAGUAUUCACACAGGCUGGUAUCGAAAUAUUUGUCCGCUGUGACGGAGCAUGCUAUUUUUCAUAAAAACACUAAGAAUACUUCACGAUUUCUUUUUUAACUCAUAUGUUUCGUUAUACCAUACAAAAUUACUUACUCCAUGCAAUGGAUAGAUCAUUUGCGGGUAACUUUCACUUCUGUUUGAAGUUCAAUUACGCUGGGAAGAAAAGCUAUUGAAAAUGGUGCCGGAGUAUCAUACUUCAAAAUGUACCAUUUCUUGU